AUGAAAUUUCUUGUUCAGAGUGAGUGGCAUCCGAUGCCUUCGAAAAGGUUGUGGUGGGCUCUCACUAACAAGGAUCCUUUGUGCGCAAGCCCCGAGGCCAUUCACCAAAUCUAUCGGUACUCCAAUGCGCUCGACAAGGCACCGUUCUAUGGCCCAUAUAACACAACGGGGUUCAGCAAGCACGGUGAUGUUUUCUCCAAGUCGAAUGACAAGGAUCAUGGCCAGAGAAGAAGAAUCGUCAACAAUGUGUACUCAAUGUCGAAUGUGUCAAAGGGUGAACAAUACGUGGACAUAUGCAGCAAGCUAUUCAUCGAAAGACUUGGAGAAUACGCCGAUCAAUCUACGGCUUGCGACUUUGGAGAAUGGAUUCACUGGUAUACUUUUGAUGUUCUUGGGGAGCUCUACUAUGGCGAGAUGUUCGGUUUCAUGAAGGACAGAGAGGAUCAUAAUGGCUGGAUUUGGGCCCUCGACAAAAUGAUUCCCUUCGUGUGCUUUGCCGGAGUAACGUCAUCUUUUCUGCGGCCACUUGUUUACGCCAGUCUGGCAUUCUUGCCGAUCGGAAAGGCUAUUGGGAAAGGCUCUAAAAACAUUGCAGAUUCAUCGUCACGUCUCAUGGAAGAGCGAUUUGACGGGCGCGUAUCAUCUGAGAGACAAGACAUGGCACACCAAAUCUUCCAGAUUUACAAGGAGAAGGGAGACAAGGUUGACUUUGGAUGGGGCGAUGUCCAGCAAGAGUCUUUCGGUGCCCUCUUUGCGGGCAGCGACACAACCGCUAUCACCUUCCGCUCACUUUUCUACCAUUUGAUGCACACGCCGGCCGCUUAUGACAAGCUGCAGGCGGAGAUCGACCAGGCUUUUGAGGAUGGACGUCUCAGCGAGAUCCCCACAUUCCAGGAGGCGAGCAAGCUUCCGUAUCUGGAUGCUUGUAUCAAGGAAGCGCUGCGAAUUUAUCCUGGAGCACAACUGUCGUUGCCAAGGAUUGUACCCAAGAAAGGGAUGACGCUCUGCGGCAGGUCUAUUCCAGGUGGCUACGUAGUCGGCUGCAACCCGGUGGUCGUGCAGUUGGACAAGAAGGUAUUCGGCGAGGACGCCACCUCAUUCAAUCCGGACCGUUGGCUCGACCAGGAGCGCGCAAACCACAUGGACAAAUACAUGAUGGCGUUUGGUUUUGGCACUCGUACUUGCUUGGGAAAGAACAUCGCUCGCAUCCAGCUUUAUAAGCUCAGCCCGCUUAUCAUCCGCAACUUCAAGCUUGAUUUCUGGGACCCAGAGAAGACGCAGUGGCACACCAGAAACACGUUCUUUGCGCGACAGGAGGGAAUCAUUGCUCGGGUUACGCGGAGGAACUGA